AUGAAGGGAGACAGAGACAUGCCCUCGCGGCCGUGGGAUACCUGCCGAGAGGUCCCCAUCAUUGAAGAUGAACACACGCCAUGGAAGAUGAUCAAACUGCUGAAGAUCAUCUCUCUGUGUGUCGUAGCCGUGUUUGUGUUUGGACUGGCCUUGUGCAGCAAGGCGUCAUUCCUCCUCCUCAUCACCUUGUCCAACGAAGGCUCUAAGACCAUCCCCAGUGAGAUGAGACCCGUCGCUCUGCUUUGUAUCGGCUGCACCCUCAUCAGUUCCAGCGUUUUACUAUUGCUCAAAAGCCUCUGGAAGGCAUGCUACAAAACAUCAAAGCUGCCGAGGAAGUCGACAACUGCCUUGGUUCUGUUCUUUGAGUUCCUGGUGGCUAUGGGUGCAGCCAUUCUCACCAUCGUUGCAAUGCCACACCUGGACAUUGUGACCAACGUGACGAUACUGAACGGUGUAGCCGUCCUCUCUGCGCUCCUUCAGGCGAUCACUCAGUGCACCGCCAAAGAAAGGAACCGCUUCCUGGUGCCAUCCAUCUUCGCCUUCCUCCUGAUUUUGCUCGGUUACGUCCUGUUCCUCUUCCUGUACAUCACGAAGGAUCCCACUGAUACCAAGAUGAUCAUUUGGGUGGGUCUGGCUACUGGCGGGACCUUCCUCAUGUCUUUCAACUGGUGGGAGAACUACUUCAGGCUGAUCAGUGAGAACAACAGCUCCGUCUUCCUCAAAGCGUUGUGUAAAGAUGUGAAAACGUGCCAGAACAUGCUGCACAUCCUCUCCAGCCUGCUCAGGAUCGCAGUGACCGCCGGUGUGCUCGGAGCCUACGUCCCUCUGGCCAAAAUGGACUGGUACAUCUUGACCUCCAUCCCGAGCCGUGAGACAAAAAUUAUAGCCAUCAUCACCGGGGUCCAGCUGUUCUCCUCUGCACUCUGCUGCUGGUUUUCUUUGGUGGCCUGUAAGAUGCACGCCCUGCGACGAUGCUUCAUCCUGCCUCUGUACCUUGCCUCUCUGGCCGUCAUGGUUCUCUACGUUGUCCCUGUGAUUGUUUUCUAUCAAGACUACAGAAUAAGUCUGAACGGGACCGCAAUCAACUUCACAGGCUACUGCCAUGAAGUUGUCGAUGGAAGAAACCAAAGCCUGAAUGGCAGCGUGUUCCCACAACUGGUUUUGGAUGUUACACACUCUCUGUGCUUCCUGGACAUGUCCAAAAUAAAUGACAUUGGCAUACUGACAGGUUCAGCAGUGUCCUGGUGGCUUGGUCUUGUGUUGGCCACCCUCCAUCUGUGGUACCUCAAUGUGUAUCGUAUCCAGAGGACCCAGGACAUUUUCGUCAGGAGGCUGUUUGAGGGAGCCUUUAUCGAGCAGUCCCUUCUCCUCAACACCCGAUUCGACAUCCAGACGAGAAACAGGAAAAAAAAUUACAGGCCAUUUGAUACCUCAAUGGUGUAUCUGUGCGCAACAAUGUGGCACGAAACCUACGAUGAGAUGAUGAACAUCAUAAUCUCCAUCUUCAGACUGGACAAGUACAGACCAAAGACAGCGCCAAAGUUCGACGAUUUCACCUUUGAAACCCAUAUCUACUUUGACGACGCAUUCAAAAUAGUAGACGGGAGUCAGGGUAACCACCUCAACAAUUAUGGAAAGGACCUCGUGGAAAUCCUCACAGAAGUUUAUGGCAUCUUCACAAACAUCGACGACAAGUUCUUCAAGAAGAAGUAUCAGAUCCCCGAGCAGAAGAUCAUAAAGACGCCGUACGGAGGUCGUCUGGUGGUCACCAUGCCUCAUGGGAAUUUGAUCAUAGUUCACUUCAAGGACAAAACACUCAUCCGCCACAAGAAGAGAUGGUCUCAGGUCAUGUACCUUUACUAUCUUCUGGGCUGGAAACUCAUGACCAAACAUUACGCAAGCUGGAAUAAGGGAGAGGACGAGGCUGAGGUGAAAGCGGCGGUUGAGGUAAAUCUACAAAAAACAUUUAGAGAGAAGCACAACACCUACAUCCUGGCAUUAGAUGGCGACACAGACUUCCAACCGGCUGCUGUGACGCUGCUCAUCGAUCGUUUGAAAAUGUACCCCCGUGUCGGUGCGGCGUGUGGCAGGAUCCACCCCACCGGAUCAGGUCCCGCUGUGUGGUUCCAGAAGUUUGAAUAUGCCGUCAGUCAUUGGCUGCAGAAGACAGCGGAGCACGUGAUUGGUUGUGUGCUUUGCAGCCCCGGCUGCUUCAGUCUGUUCAGAGCAGAGGCGCUGAUGGACGACAACGUGAUGAAGAGAUACUCCACCAAGUCCACCGAGGCAAGCCACUACAUCCAGUACGACCAAGGUGAGGACCGCUGGCUGUGUACUCUGCUGCUGAAGCAAGGAUGGAGGGUGGAGUACAAUGCGGCAUCUGAUGCUUACACCAAUGCACCUGAGGACUUCAAAGAACUCUACAACCAGCGUCGCCGAUGGGGACCGUCCACAAUGGCCAACGUCAUUGAUCUGCUUGGCUCCACCGGCAUCAUUUCAAAGCGAAACUCGUCCAUGUCCAAACCGUUCAUGUUCUACCAGCUCUUCGCCAUCACCUCAGCCAUUCUUGCCCCUGCUACAAUCUGCCUGUUGAUCGCAGGUAGUUUGACCUUCGUCCUAAACAUAGAUGCAAACAGUGCCCUGGUCUUGGCUGUGAUACCGCCCAUCAUCUACCUGGGUCUUUGCUUCAAACUCAAAUCAGACACUCAGAUCACUAUUGCAGCGUUCAUGAGUAUCAUCUAUGCAUUCCUCAUGUUGGUGGUGUCGAUGUCCAUUAUUGGCUCGAUGGUGAAGGAUAACACCAUCCUGACACCCAGCAGUAUUUUCGUCAUCGCCAUGGCCUUGGUUUACAUCAUCACUGCGAUAAUGCAUCCUCAGGAAAUGCAUCUGGUGUUCCACGGCUUUCUCUACAUCCUCUGCAUCCCCAGCGCCUACCUCCUGCUCACCAUCUACUCUAUGGCCAACAUGAACAAUGUGUCCUGGGGAACACGGGAGACAAAACCUACUGCAGGAGCUGCAACACCAGAUCUCGUCGUCAAGCAAACAAGAACUCAGAAAGCCAAAAGCACCUUUCAACGGUUCUUCUCGUGGUGCAAGUGUUGUAAAAAACCCAACCAAAGAUCUGGAGUAGUGCAACUCCCGGUCAACCAGGAGAACUUGAUGACAGAGUCGGAACAGCCUGAACGAGGACCCAUAAACACGAUUGUGGGAGACGAAAGUAUCCUAGAGGAACAGACACAAGCAGAGCCUAAUUUCGACGCUCCUGCCCAAUGUUUUGUCACACAACUGCAGGAAAUGUCCCCUGACAUGCAACUACAGGAGGACUCGCUGGACAAGAUUGAAGGUGUUUCUCUGCAGGAGGAGGAGGCGUUCUUCAUAGAGCUUCAGGAGAAGUACCUGAAACCUCUGCAGGACGACAAAGAGAGACAGGAAAAGAUCAUCAGCGACCUGCAAGUGCUGAGAAACAAGAUCAACUUUGCCUUCUUCAUCAUGAAUGCCCUGUGGCUUGUGGCGACAUUUACCCUCCAGCUCUUUCAGGCCUCCUUCUCCAUCAAGAUCCCCAAGGUCAACCUCCAGCUCCAGCACACCGGAGAAUUCAUACAAAUUGAUCCCAUUUCCUUCAUGUUCAUUCUGGGAUUCGCGACAUCGGUUGUGAUCCAGUUCCUUACUAUGUUCUACCACAGAAUCACCACUCUGAUCCAUUAUGUCGCCUUUUUGGACACUGAACCCAAAGCGCAAAAGCUUGUGGAAGAACCAUACCUGAAAGGCAAAAAGGAAAAAUCUGAAACCAGCUCCGAGUCCAUCGACGACACCAUCAGCGAGGUGGACUUUGAAUCUGACUCUGAGAGUGACGAUGUGUACUUCGGCAGUGGUGAUGGGACUAUGGUGUAA